UUUGUCUCCUCAGUGACUGUCUGGGAGUUCAGUAGGAAAAACAAAGUGUAUCCCUGCAUUCUACGAAUUACAAUGUACAGAAUUUAAAAGUAAGUAGGAUAUCCAUAGCAUUGUGCAAAGUAUAAUUUGAAGGACAGUGUAGUUUAUGUAUUUUUUUUUUUAAUGUAAGUUUGUUUAUACAAUUAAAUGUAAUUACAGAAAAGUUAUUUGAGUGAGUGAAGUAUGUAUUGAACUGAAAAGUACAUUUGCGCCACAUAUUUUAAAUAGUAAAGCCUGACGAGACACGACAUAAGGAAUAAGGAAUGUGUAAACUGUGGUUGCUUUGCACUCUGCUGUUUGCACUGUCGGGAAUUUCGAACGGAAGCAAUCUUCCUAGUGCUGUGAAAAGUCUAGUAUGGGGAUCAGGUCUGGAACCCAAUAUUGUGCUUCCAGCUCGGUAUUUCUUUAUUCAAGCUGUGGAUAAUAGCGGUCAAAAUUUUACCUCAUCUCCUGGGGAAAGCACAUUCCAGGUGAAGAUUAUUGCUCCUGGUGAAGACUUUUCAAGGAUCUGGGUGCAAGUGUUGGACAGGAAGGAUGGCUCAUUUGUGGUCAGAUACAGAAUGUAUGCAAGUUACCCAAAUCUCCAGAUUGAUGUACAACUUCAGGAUAAACAUGUGGCAAAGUCCCCAUAUACACUGACCGGACCGGUGUAUCAUGAGAAUUGUGAGUGCCCAGAAGAGGACAGUGCUAAAUGGUUGGAACAUAUGCAUUGCCCUCACAGCAUACCACAGAUUGUUCAUGAUUUAGCGUUUUUCCAAUCUAUUGAUCCAGACACGAUUGUCAAAGAAAUUACAAAGAGGUUUGGACAGAGACAAAGUCUGUGUCACUACACAAUCAAAGAUAACCAGGUCUACAUUAAAACCCAUGGAGAACAUGUUGGCUUUAGGAUAUUUAUGGAUGCCCUUUUACUUUCUCUUACCAGAAAAGUAAAACUGCCAGAUGUGGAAUUCUUUGUGAAUCUGGGAGACUGGCCUUUAGAGAAAAGAAAACCCACUGAGAAGCUUCAUCCUAUUUUAUCCUGGUGUGGGUCUAAUGAAACAAGAGACAUUGUCAUGCCAACAUACGAUUUAACAGAAUCUGUCCUGGAGACCAUGGGCCGUGUGAGUCUGGACAUGAUUUCGGUUCAGGCCAACACAGGGCCUGUCUGGGAGGAUAAGAAUAGCACUGCAUUCUGGAGAGGCCGGGACAGCCGAAGAGAGAGGCUAGAGUUGGUGAAACUUGCACGCAAACAUCCAGAUUUAAUAGAUGCUGCCUUCACAAACUUCUUCUUUUUCAAACACGAUGAGAGUCUCUAUGGCCCACUAGUAAAGCACGUGUCGUUUUUUGACUUCUUUAAGUACAAAUAUCAAAUCAGUCUUGAUGGUACCGUAGCUGCGUACAGACUGCCUUACCUGCUGGCUGGCGACAGUGUUGUCUUGAAGCAGGACUCUGUCUACUAUGAGCACUUUUACAAUGACCUGAAACCCUGGGAGCACUACGUUCCAUUUAAAAGAGAUUUGAGUGAUCUCCUGGAAAAGAUACAGUGGGUGAAAAAUCAUGAUGAAGAGGCCAAGAAAAUUGCAAAAGCUGGUCAGGAAUUUGCCAGGAAUAGUCUCAUGGGGGACACUAUAUUUUGUUACUAUGUUAAACUCUUCCAGGAGUAUGCCAACUUACAAGUAGGUGAACCAAAAAUAAGAGAAGGAAUGGAGUUAGUGGAGCAACCAAAAGAUGACCUCUUCCCAUGCACCUGUCACAGAAAGGAGGUUAAAGAUGAACUUUAACAGCCAUAAAGCUGCAUUAUACCGUGUGCCAGUGUUUAGGCGUUAGCUGGGAUAAAUCCACAGUGCCAAUUUUUUUUUUUUUUUAAUUGUUACAAAAACAAGGAACCUAGUUUUGUUAAUGCUUUGUAUACAUUGUAUCUAUUCUUGUAUUUUAUAGAAGUGGUGUCAGGAGAAUUGAUUAUAAUAAAGAUGUGUUUCAACAUUUGUUAAAAUGGUUGGUUGUGAUCCGCAUCAAAUGCAAAUGACUGACAAGGGGUAGGAUAGUUUAAAUACUAUUUUAUUGGCAUAUAGUUUAUGAUUGACUUAUACUAAUGAUAAUAAUGUGGUCACUGUAACUAUCAGUUCAUGAAAUGUAUAAAUGAGCAAGCAGGAUAUUUAAAGCAAGAGUUGGAGAACACAAAUUGCUUUAUGCUUCAGUUACAUAAUGCAGAUGUGAUACAUGCUUAGAGAAGCAGAUUUAGUAUAAUGCAGCAGAAUAUCAACAUGUGUCCAUUCACAGUAAGAAUUGUGAUAGACUUGAUGUUGCAGCACUAUGGUUGUUUACAAGUGCCAGGCCUCAGAAUAAGAUGUGAAUGAUUUAGGUCACAGGGUUUUUUUUUUUUUUUCUGACAGUGAGACACUUGUGAAAGUGCAUUUUGAGGGUAAAAACUCAACAUUCUCUAUUGUGACAUGAACGAAGCAAAAAGGGAAGAUAAUUAUGGUGUACAGGAUCAGUUUAUAAAAGAAUUGGUGAUAAUGAAGAUGUCUCACUGCCACCUCACAAUUUGGUGUAAUUGUCUGCCUCUGUUAGAGCGAACCAGAAGAGUCGGGGUGUUCAAGCUAGGAUUAAGAUGUUCCUUGACCCAUAACUUCAAACCAUUGAUCAUAAAACAUUCAAGUAGACGUAUGUUUCCGCUAAUGUCAUAAGUUAAAUGUUUUAAUCUGAAACUGAAACUUGAAUGUUGAGUAUUUAAUUCAAUAAGUCUCACAUUUUGCUUACAAUAGCAACAUCUGCCAAAGUACUCCAUGGCUAUGCAUGUAUGUCUCAGUUCACUUCAUCUUGAGGAUUAAUAUAAAUUAAGUAAUCCUCCACCACCACCCCCAUCCAGCUGUGGCUUUGUUGGGAUUAUGUGGUAGCAAUGAUUUUCACAAACUGGUGGUUUUGCAGUUCUCAAUCUGUACUAGUCUUGGACUGCCUUACCUAAAGUAACAAUAUCAGGAACUCAAAGAUUAGUGCUACCAGGGACUGAACCUACUGGAAAGGUAUGCUUAAAUAAUACAUGAACCAAAAUAAAAUACUUUAAUAAAACCUAGUUAUAAGUCCUAACCAGUAUUUUACUAAAUUGGUGUUCAAAGUUCAUAGUGUUUGGCUAGCCUUGAGUUUGUCUGUACAGUAACAAUAAAAGUGUAAGAGAUAUAAAAUUGUGCGUCAAUGUGUUAGAAGUACAGUACUUAAAACCAAGGUACAUACUUCCUUAUGGUCAUAAGAGUCAAUGAGAAUGGAUUU